AAAAGUGGAAUAAAUGACGUGCAGUUUUGGACAAAAGUAGCUGCCUUGCCUUGGCCUGCAAGGAUCAUUGAUCCACCAGCUCCAUAUCUUACCUCCUUGCUGCUUUUGUAUUCUGCAGGGAAACCAAAAGGAUAUUGGCAGGGACCAAUAUCUCCCGAACUAGCAUUAACACCAAAACCUCAUAUCACAGCAAGAAAGCAACGAGAAGCAUGGAGGCGACGGCGAUUAGCUUGGGCAAGGCUGUGCUCGAAGGUGCUCUGGGCUAUGCAAAGUCCAAGGCGGCAGAGGAAAUCGCGCUGCAGCUCGGUGUCGAGCGCGAUGUGAACUUCAUCAAGGACGAGCUGCAGAUGAUGCAGUCGUUCCUGAUGACGGCCGAUGAGGAGCAAAGCCACAAUAAGGUGCUCACCACCUGGGUGAAACAGAUUGGGGUCCUGGCCUAUAAGGUGGAGGAUAGCCUCAUGGAUUUCGGCCUCCACUCGGAGAAAAAACCAUUCUUGGGCUGCAUCCCCCGCAACCCAGGUGAUCGACGCCGCAUUGCCAAUGAGGUGAAGGAGCUGAGGGCCGAGGUGGAGGAUGUGAGCAACAGGAAUCUGCGCUAUCGCCUCAUCAAGGAGAGUUCAGCCUCUAAGCCUACCGCGGCAGAGGAGCAGGUCAGCAAUGCCACUGCAACACUGUUUGGCAUCAACGAAGCAAGACUUGCCGCCUUGGAGCACGAAAAAUCAUCAGAGGCAGACCUCCACCAGCUGAUUACCAGCAAUUAUGUGGACCUUAGGGUGAUCGCCAUGUGGGGCACUAGUGGUGAUCUCGGGAAGACGUCCGUCAUCCAAGAGCUUUAUGAUGACCCAAAGGUAUUGAAAAGGUUUGGAUUCCGUGCUUGGAUUAGGUUGAUGCAUCCUUUCAAUCCGCAAGAGUUCCUCUCGAGCUUGGUAAGGCAAUCUUAUGAAAACUCCCUUGAGGAGCUUGGAAAGCCUGAACAAGAAACAAGUGUCGGGGCUAAUGUUUUGGCCAAGAUGGAGAAGAUGGAUCAAAGUGAUUUAGUCCGUGUGUUUAAUGCACAGUUGUGUAGCAAUAGCUACCUGAUUGUGAUUGAUGACCUAUCCACAAUAGUGGAAUGGCAUUGCAUUAAGAAGUACUUUCCCGACAACAAGAAACAAAGCCGAAUCAUCGUUUCGACGCUGCAAGCUGAAAUUGCAAGCUUGUGCACAGAGAAACCAUUACAAGUUUCGGUGUUGAAGCAGUUGUCAUGUGAUCAAACUAUUUAUUUGUUCCACAAGAAGAAUUCAGAGGAGCAGAUCAGCAUGAGCAGUGUUCGUGUGGAAAUGUACGACACCAAUGACGAAGCAAUGCUUGCUGCUCUGGAGGAGGAGAAACAGAAGGCUAUGCAUGCAUCUUGUUCUGACGAGCCCACUUUCGACUCAAACAAAGUUACUACUACUGAGAAACACACAACAAUGCCCGCCACUGAAAUACAAGAGGAAUACCAUGAACUUAAUAAUGCAGGUGAAGAAAAAGUUCAUAACUCAACUGCUAGAAAGAAGUUUGACCACAGCAGGACAUUGUCACUGGCUGAUGAAGUGCUCUGUGGGCGAGAAACAGAGAAAUCUAUUCUUAUCAAAUUAGUUAGCCAACCAGACAACGAUCAAGGCUGGAAGGUGAUCUCAGUUUGGGGAAUGGGGGGUCUUGGAAAAACCACCCUUGUCAGAAGCAUCUACAGAAGCCAGCAGCUUGGUAGCUGGAAGCGUGCUUGGGCCACUGCAUUGCGUCCUUUUAACCCUGAAGUACUCCUUAGAGAUUUGGCUUUGCAACUUCAGGAUACUAUUCAAGAAGUUCCUGCCGGAUUAACAGCAACUCGAACACAAAACAAAAGCAUAUCAGUAAUGAAACUUCAAGACUUGAAGGAUGAGCUAGCUAGGGUACUAAAAUCAAAAAGGUGCCUUGUUGUUCUUGAUGAUAUAUCAUCCACUUCGGAAUGGGAUUUGAUCAAAUCAUGUUUGGAUAAUGCUGGAAGGAUCAUAGUCACCACAAGACAAAAAAAUGUGGCCAAAAAGUGUUCAAGAGAAGACAAGAACAUGUACUUUCUCGAAGGUCUGAAAGAUGAUGAUGCACUUGACCUCUUCAUAAAGAAGGUAUUCAAGGACAAUAUUGACAAACAUGAUUUAGUCCCAGCUAUGAUGGAGCAAGCAAGACUCAUCCUACAUAAAUGUGAUGGACUUCCCCUUGCAAUAUCGACUAUCGGUGGAUUCCUAGCCAGCAAGCCAAAGAAUGCUAUUGAAUGGAAGAAGAUGAAUGAUCAAAUUAGAACUGAAUUGGAGAUAAAUCCUGAACUUAGGACAAUAAAAACAAUUCUUAUGAGGAGCUAUGAUGGUUUGCCAUACCAUCUCAAAUCUGUUUUCUUAUACCUGUCCAUAUUUCCAGAAGAUCAUAGAAUUAGGUGGGGUCGCUUGGUGAGGCGGUGGAUUGCAGAGGGUUACUCAAGGGAUAUGCAUGGCAUGAAUGCAGUUGAACUUUGUCGGAGGUACUUUGAUGACCUCCUGGAUAGGAGUAUGAUCCUGCCAGGGGAAGGGAUACACCAAUACAAACAGAAAAUCAGUUCUUGCCAACUUCAUGAUAUGAUCCGUGAAAUAUGCAUCUCAAAGGCUAGGGAGGAAAACCUUGUUUUCACAUUGGAGGAAGGAUGUUGUUUGAGCGACACACUAGGUGCAAUACGCCAUCUUGUCAUAGGAAGCAACUGGAAAAGGGAUAAACAUGUGCUGGAGAGCAUGCUAGACUUGUCACAUGUACGGUCAUUAACCGUGUUCGGAGAGUGGAGAUCAUUUUUCAUCUCUGACAAUAUGAGGUUCCUCCGAGUGCUUGACUUAGAAGACACAAUGGAGUUAAAAGAUCAUCAUCUGGAUGAUAUUGGGCACCUCCGUCACCUCAAGUAUCUUUCUCUUCGAGGAUGUCGGAACAUUUUAUACUUGCCUAAUUCUUUGCGAAAUUUGAGGCACCUGGAAAUGCUGGAUGUGAGAGGUACACGUAUAUAUGAGUUGCCAACAACAAUCACCAUUCUUCUGAAGCUACAGUACCUCCGUGCAAAUACUUAUUACUACCACGGUGGUAAUGUCAAGUCAGAGGGUGACAUAGUUGAGAAGUAUGAAGAUUACACUAGACAUGUUUCCACAUGUCGAAUAUGUGGCAUUUGUUUGUGCAGAGGCCAUCUUUUCUUGAGACCACAAGUUCUAGAUGCUGGUUUGAACAGGUAUGAUAUAUUCAAUCUAUACCGUUUCCAGGAGAUGACGCUAGAUGGUGUUAUACUUCCUAAAGGGAUUGGUAAAUUGAAGGCCCUUCACGCACUAGGUGUUGUGGAUGUUUCCGGGAGAAACGGAAAUGCCACUAUAAAAGAGUUUGGAGAGCUUAGUCAGCUACGUAAGCUUAAAGUGGGUGGUGUGAGCUGCAGAAACAUCAAUGAGUUAUGGUCUGCCAUUGCUGGUCAUAAUCAACUUCAAUCUUUAUUAGUUGGAAUGGAGUACAUGCACUGUGCGUUAGAUGACUGUUUGGGUGAGGGUUUGUUGCCACCAAGCAGCCUCGAGAGCCUCGCUCUGCUUGGUAAGCUAGUCAAUGUAACAGGAUGGAUCCAUAUGCUUCAGAAUCUCUCCACGUUGGUGCUAAAGUGGAGCAGAUUGAAGCAAGAUGAUGCCAUACAAGCCCUCGGGGUGCUACCAAAUCUUGCAGUUCUACGUUUGAGGACGGAUUCGUUCUAUGGGACACAACUCCAUUUCCAGAGCUCAUCUUUCCCGACUCUCGUGGUGCUGGAGUUGUAUUGGUUAGACAACCUCAAGUCGGCGCUGUUUGAAAAAGACGCAAUGCCUAAGCUCCAGCUGCUACAAGUUGGUGGGUGCUUAAAGCUGGAUGCAUUCUCCGGGCUGCCAGCCCUCACAAGCCUCAAGGAAAUUCGGUUUGAUAGAAGAUUUCGUCUCAGUGAAACAUUGAAGGAAUGGGUACAGAGUGACGUAGCGGAGCAUAUGAGGCACGUCAGAGUGAAUACUGUUGACUAAACUUUGUUUGUAUGUAUGUAAAUAUGGAUUCCAUGGGAGACCAAAGAUUGGUGUGUGUAGACAGUUGCUCUUGUAAUGGUUCCUCUAGUACUAGUGUAGUGGAUACCGCCAUGGCAGAAUAACCACUCAUUGCUUGGCAGAAGAAUACAGUGUAAUGAUUUCUUUUUUCUU